CUCUCGAGGGCAUAGCAUGUGCAACGUCAAUCUUGUUAACGACGCAUUCAGCGUAACGAGAGAGCAUUAGCGUUCGCGUUUCCCAUGUUGUUCGUUUUGGGCGUGUAAUUACACGCUUCGACAAAAACGUCGAUAACUGUGCCAGCGAAAACCAACGAAGCCAACGAAUUAGUAAGCGCCACCCGCGUCGCUGGCAUUCGCUGCGCCGACAGAGUUCCUGUUCUGCCAUAAUCUCUGGUUCUACCUCGAGUCGAUUGGCUUUGUUUCGACUGUACUCGGCGUCGACUUCUCAUGAACGUACAACCUGUGCUGUCGCACAGGGGCCGUUUAGAAGAAUCUCGCGCUUCGUCUAAAGAAUUCUACCUCGUAAUUAUUUUCAAUUAAUUUGCGAGUGAAGAAGAUAUCUGAGCUUUUGCUUUUUGAAUCUUUUGAGCUUAUCCUCUGUUUGACACAGGAAAGUUUGAAAGUCGCAAAAAAUGGGAUUCUAUUAGAACAAGUUUAGCUUGUUCUACUUGUUCGCGUUAAGUCGCAUACUUAUAGCUGGCAUCGAUUUUCCGUUCUGCGUUUCCGUGCAUUUUGCUCUUCUGGCGCUGGAAUGUUAAUGGGUGGCAAAUAUAACCGCGAUGUAGCUGCACCUUGACUCUUGCCAGACUGUGCGAGUUUAUGUGGGUAAUCGGAUCAAGGUGCGCGAUGAAAGAAAAUUAAAGAGAAACCGGCGUCCACGAUUAAAACCUGAAGAUCGUGUUCCGUGGAAGGACAGGAUUUCUUCAAUGUCACUCUCGUUAAAAAAUGAGAACACCUCGUGUUUCCACAGUAACACCCCAACGGAAGUAAAAAGCAGGUGACGCACAAACGUGUCCGUUGUUAUCAUAGCACACGUUCGCCUAACCCCACACCUAACGUAAGGGAAGAAUUCCUCAAUUUAAUCGAUUCCCCGUCGAAAAAUGUCUCGUGAAUCAGACGAGCACAGGACAGAAGUAAAGAAAGCAAAAAUAUAAACAACUGGAAGAAUGUACGAACGAUAGACGCCAUUUAUCGUUCGAGUGAAAACAAAAGCGAUGGGCGGAUGAUACGUCUGACAGAUGUCAAAAUUUCCAGUCCCAUCUGCUCGAUGCAGUAAACCCAAAAGAAAGGAAAAUGGCGAGCACCGCGACCGUAAACAUUGCCUACGGCCAGAGGACGAUGUGAGAGGACGAGCGCGUAACAAUGGAAACGCAACGAGGAUGGACGUGUCUGCGACGAUCACUCGAGAGCCCAUUAGGAAGCGUGCCAAAAUCGGUAACAAGUGCACUGCGUGGAUCGUGGACACGGCAUCGUUCCCUACGACGGGAAUCGCUUCGUUACCAGUGGAGAUCAUCUUCAAAAUCCUCUCCUACCUCGCGUACAAGGACCUGUGCACAGUCAGACGCCUCUCUUUAUACUUCGAGCAACUUGCGCGCGACCCAUUUCUGUGGCGAACUUACGAGGUGACGAACAACGAACAGGACACUAUGAAGGUGAUCACGGAGCUGAAGAGGAUGCCCUUGCUGAGGACGUUCAGCAUAAGCGUCAGAGCGGACUGCGACGAAAUCCUGCGACAGUUACCGAUCACGAACAAAAGGCUCGAGGAGUUGCACGUUACCAAUUGCACAGGCUCGACGUCGAAACUGUACCUACGCUCUGCUCAGCUGAUCCGCAUACUGGAGAGGUGCCGCAAUUUGCACACGAUCAAUAUACUCGGUAACAGAUUCCGCGGUCGGAAAUUCUAUCGGCUCCUGGCCGGCAUGGGCCAGCAGCUCAGAACCUUCAACGCCCCAGCGACGAGUUUGCAGUUCUGCACCUUCAUCAAGUGCAUCAGUCAGAUCACGGAAGAGGACCGGCAGACGAUCUGCUCGAUCUGUGCCGGUUCGAAGAACUGGGAGCCCUUGUACUACUUCCUGAGGAGACGAUCCGACCGCGACUCGUCCACGAUCCUGAUCAGCUACCUCAGCAACGACAUUGUGCUGACCGACGUUGGUCGACCUACUCGCAACCUCUCCAUCACCGUAGCAACGCGUUCCUGACACGAGCAAGAAACGAACAGGGGUUGUUCGGUGUCGUGACAAUGUAAAAAGUGUAAAAAGCUCGCAACAAGGCAAUUUCGUCCGAUUUUUAUCACACUCCGCUAAGGAUACGUGUGUACUCUGUUACGUUGUACAAAUACAUAGGCACUAUGCAUACUUUUCCUGAGAAGGCCAGUCUUUUCGAAAUCGGCACAGCGAUCUAGGUAACGAAGGUGAUCUGGAUAGAUCGAUACUUUGGUAGAGUGCAUAGUGUGGUAAGUAGACGAAAAUUAAGAAAAUG